AAAGCAAACAUGAUCGUUAAUCAGCGGUCGAAAAAUGGCGGCUCUACUUGGUAUCGUCUUCCCGGUGGCCAUCACCGGCACCGGCCAACUCCCGGUGAAUUCCCGAUGUCGACCGAGAACGGUGGUUCGGAGCUCGAACUCGAACGACCGCCAGACUCUCUUCAACCGCAUUGCUCCUGUUUACGAUAACUUGAAUGAUCUCUUAAGCUUAGGCCAGCACCGGAUUUGGAAAAACAUGGCUGUUUCCUGGAGUGGAGCUAAAACAGGAGAUUACGUGCUGGAUUUGUGUUGUGGUAGUGGAGAUUUAGCCUUUCUUUUGUCUGAGAGAGUUGGUUCAAUUGGCAAGGUGAUGGGUCUGGAUUUCUCCUGUGAACAACUAGCUGUUGCAUCAUCUAGACAGAAUCUUCGAGCUCGGUCUUGUUACAAGUGUAUAGAGUGGAUUGAAGGUGAUGCUACUGAUUUGCCAUUUGAUGACUGUAAAUUCGAUGCUAUUACGAUGGGUUAUGGUCUUCGUAACGUUGUUGAUAGACAUAGAGCCAUGAGGGAGAUGUAUCGGGUUCUGAAACCAGGUUCAAGAGUAUCUAUACUCGAUUUCAAUAAGAGCAACCAAUCCGUUACUGCGUUUAUGCAGGAUUGGAUGAUUGAUAAUGUAGUUGUCCCGGUGGCUACUGUUUAUGGUCUUGCAAAGGAGUAUGAAUAUCUCAAGUAUUCAAUCAAUGGUUACCUAACAGGGGAAGAGCUAGAGACUCUUGCUCUAGAAGCUGGGUUCUCAAGUGCCCGGCAUUAUGAGAUUAGCGGUGGUUUCAUGGGGAAUUUGGUCGCUGUGAGGAUGAUGCAUAAAUGUAGAGGAGCUCUUAUCUAUCCUUCUUUCGGUGUAUUAAGACUUAGAGAGCCAAUAUUAUAUUAUGCCACACCACUGCACAUAUCUUCAUAUGGUAAUAUGCUGAUAUAAUACUGCAUAUGUAACUGAAAUUCAACUCAGUUUCACAGAAAAUUUCUAUAA